AUGCCCAAGGCUGCCACAUCAUCUCGCACUGCCGCGCGCAGACACAACCCCCUCGCAGACGAUAUCCUUUCCGCCGGCCAUUUGCGAACAACAUCCAAGUCCGGAAAGAGAAAGUCGCACAACGACGACGAUGAUGAAAUAGACGGCCGGAAAGGCGGUAAUGGCGAGGGAUUUAUCGAUGCAAAGGCCUCGCGCAAGAUCUUGCAGAUUGGACAAGAUCUUGCCGAGGAAGAGGCGGCAGAGCAGCGGGCAGCGCAAAUUGCAAGCGGCGUGCAGCACAAUAAGGCAUUCGACUUUUCAACACGGUUCGGUGAAGAUGAUGAAUAUAUCUCGGAAGAUGAAGACAAAUAUGGAGAGGAGGAAUGGGAUGAUGAGGAUAUCGACAAAGGGGAGGUUGAUCCGAAUGAUCUUGAUAUGUUCAAUAAAUUUAUCCCUGCUGGCGAACAAGAUCCGAUUUUUGAUCCCCGUCCAGCCGAUGGAGCCCAAGAGGGCUCUGGAGUCAAUCUUGCAGAUCUCAUUCUUGAAAAGAUUGCCGCAUAUGAAGCGAAACAAUCCGGUGACGGCCAACCGGUUAUCCAGGGAGGAGGUAUGCCGGAGGACGCUGUUCAGAUACCAGCAAAGGCAUUGGAAGUAUAUGAAAAAGUUGGCAUGAUUCUCUCCCGGUAUAAAUCAGGACCCCUCCCGAAGCCUUUCAAAAUCCUACCUACGCUACCACAAUGGCCUACGCUGCUUGAUAUCACGCGCCCUGAAUCAUGGACUCCGAACGCUGUCUAUGCCGGAACUCGCAUUUUCAUAUCCUCGAAACCCGCCAUCGCGCAAGAAUUCAUUAAUAUUGUGUUGCUCGAACGAGUACGCGACGAAAUCCGUGAGACCCGCAAACUCAACGUUCACGUUUACAACGCGAUGAAAAAGGCGCUUUACAAGCCAGCAUGUUUUUUCAAGGGCCUACUGUUUCCCCUGAUUGCUUCAGGCACAUGCACCCUACGAGAGGCGCACAUUGUGUCCUCCGUUAUCGCUCGCGUCUCGAUUCCUGUGCUCCACUCAGCUGCAGCAUUACUGCGCCUGUGCGAGAUAGCAGCGGAAGAGACGUCUACAUCACUCUCGUCUGAGGGUACGGGGGCAACUAAUAUGUUUAUCCGUGUUUUCCUUGAGAAGAAAUACGCCUUGCCGUACAAAGUUAUCGACGCACUCGUCUUCCAUUUCCUCCGAUUCCGAGCCAUGGCAACUCCCAAUAAUAACGACAGCAUGAUGAUGGAUGGAGCUGGAAGCCGUCAGUCUCAAUCAGCGGCUGCUGCCAUGAACUAUAAAUUGCCGGUAUUAUGGCACCAGUCCCUUCUUGUCUUUGCGCAGCGGUAUCGAAACGAUAUCACCGAAGACCAGCGCGAAGCGUUGCUAGACUUGCUACUUGUGCGCGGACAUAAAGAGAUUGGACCGGAAGUGCGACGAGAGCUUCUUGCAGGGCGAGGACGGGGUGUGGUUGUUCCGAGUGCAGACUCUGUCGCUGCAGCGGCAGCUGGUGAUGACACCAUGGACGUGGAGAUGUGA